GUUCCUGACAUUGAGAGCGAGAUGUUCCGUGUCGAAUACGGUCGAGAACAUCCGACCGUCGUGGCGGCACGCGAAUUUGCCCAAAGAAGUAUGGCUGGAAUUAGGGCACGUGAGGCAGCUCGCCGAACUAAACGGGAAUUCGAGAGGAUAGCUCAAGAGUCAUUGCCGGAGGAUUUGCGUUUUGAUGUGCCUUUCGAGGAGGAGUUUUUACGUGAGGGCGAUAUAUCCUGGGAAGAGGAGGAAGACAUACCAAUUGUGUCUAGGAUAAAAACCACGAUGCGCGACAUACCAAGGCGUGAGGCAUCUUACGAGUAUCCUCCAUUCGAUCCAGAGGAGCUAGAGAGGUUUUUCGACGUGGAACAGUAUCCAUCAAGUCCACCACGUGGACCACCACCUGGUCGCGAGCAUCUCCCGCCGGAUCUUUGGGAGCUAGAGGAUCCUUGGCCGAUAUGCGGCGUCUGUCCACAGCCAGAAGUAUCCAAUCUCAUUCGCUUCGAGAGCCCAUAGUCCUUCGUCUACCAUGUACAUGAUCUGGUAGACUUGUUUGCGUUUUCAAAAUUGAUCUAGAAUAUUCUAUAGAAAAGUAUACUCGAUUUGAAAUAAGUGCGUACUUAAUGAGGAGAACCAAUGAAGAAAAUAGAUCGAUAAAUUAAGUGUUUAAACGUUUAUAAAACACAAGAAGUCAUCAUUUAUCAACAUCCGUCUUGCAUCAUUUGAUUUAUUAUAAGAAACUAUUUUGUACAAUACUUAAAUACUCACUAUUUAAAUUUAUGAAUACUGUAUUACAGAGUCUCAA